AUGGCCAUCGGCGAGUGUCUCCUCCGGGGGAGCCCCGGGUGUGCUUCUCUGGAGGGCUGCCUCCCGGCCGGUCUGCAGGGUCGCCCAGUUGAUGGGCCAUCCUCGCCGCAAGAGGAGUUGCUCCGCCUGGCGGCUGCACCGCUGGAUGAGUCUCGACUGCUGGAAGCCACAUCGACCGCCCUAGUGGCCCUGGCGCCGGGCCGCGCUACGUCCCUUACCCGGGGAGAUCUGGAUCUCUUGGUGGACGCUGUUCGCCGGCUACAUCGGAUGGCGUGCGAGGCCCUGCCAGGCCCUAGCACAGAUGCCCGCUCUUCCCGCCAACAGGGUCGCCUCCUUUUGCACCUGUCGCGUUUGGAGCUCCUUCAAGCCACCAUUUACCUGGCACAGGGCGAGCAUGGCAUGGCCAUGGCCAUGGCUCAGCGCGCCUCCACCGGCAUCAGUCGCCUGGCAGCCCUCUGUGGCGUGCAGGCCCGCACCCUUGAGCCCCAGCUUCCCGCCCCCGCUACCGCCAGUGGGGCUCCCGACCCAGCGCUGGCCCAGAUGAGACUCACCUUCCGGCUGGUCACAGAGGCCUCGAUCCUGGUUCAGCGACUUCUCUGCCUGCUGUACCUCCGGGCGCAGAUGUACAGCGAGGCCCAGUGUCACGCUCGGCUAUUCCUACACCUAGCACAGCAGCUACGCUGUGCCGGCCAUAUUGCCGAUGCGGAGACCCUCUGCGCCGAACUGGCCAAGCGCCCCUGGAUCCCGUUGGCCGAGGCCGACAGCCCGGAGGCAGAAGGCACCGUCGCAGCAGAUUCUCCUUCCGUCUUGUUUGUGGCGCCGAGCGUGGCCACCUUCCGGCCACAGCCGAGUGACUCGGCCACCACCCCGGAGGCCUGGCCCGUCCUCGAUGCGACCUCGGGGCCCAGGGCCUUCGGUCAAAUGCUCGACAGGCCGGACACCCGAACGGCAGGGUGGUUCGCUGCGCCGGUGGAGAUUUCUCGCGAGUCGCCGUCUGUGCGACCUUCAACCGCGCCGACCGGCGGUCGAGCCAGCCUCUUUCUUCGAGCUGGACCAAUCAAGGGUGCUCGGACAUUGGGCCGGCCACGCUCAGCCCCGGCGCCUCCUCCAGGCCCGAUGUCUGCCACGCCCAUGCCCACAGGUCGCAGUGGGCUGGGCGUCUUCCGGGCAGCUCCUCCGCCUGGGUCUGACAAUGGCCGGCCAUCGUCGGGUCCCUUUGCCCUGCCCGGGGCAGCGUCGCGACCGGGGUCCGCCCCCGGGUCCCUCAAGCGCCCGGCCUCUGGUGGCUUCUGGCCGGAUGCCGGGAAGGUGCCGCGCGUCGAAGCCCCUCCCAGCCAGCCGUCUGACCACCUGCCGGAACUCUUUCGCCAUGCGGGAAUUGCUUGCUUCACAGCGGCCUUACGACAGACCGAGGCUCAGGUUGCACGCCGGUGCCUGGACCCAGGCGAGGCAGGACCAACCGCCAGCUUGGACGACCUGCUUGCAUGUCGUCUGCUUGGCACCUCGGUGGCCACGCACCGACGCCUUCAGUUUCUCAGGCCACCCUCAGCCACAGGGGAGACGCCAGUCCCGGAUCCGCCAUUUCCUGGACUGCCAAGAUGUCCGGCUGGUCCUGCUCUCGCGAGGCUGGCCACCGAGUUGCCACCACUGUGGACCUUCGCACAACUUGCUCGAGCGCCAGGCAUUGGGGCGUGCGAAUCCGGCGACGGGCGCAUUGACGACGGCGCCCUGUCACUGACUCUGGUGCUCGGAGAGCUGCCCCAAGGAGGCAGCGGCACGUGCGCUUGUGCCCCCUCGAAUGCUCCCAUCAUGGAGUCUGGUCUUUUUGUUCCACUGCCAGGGCCAGUGGCCACGGUGGCUGCCGAAAGGACAUCGACUGCCCCUCGGACGUGUGCACCACAAACGAGCCGUCUUCUUUCGGUCCAGCUCGGAGGCCGCCCCACCAGGGCCUUUGCGUCAAUCGCCCGGCGAUUUACCGACAUCAUGCUGGACAACACUCGGUCCCUGGAAAGGGCUGGGACCAUGGCUGCCGGGGGGAGCGGGGCUGACUCCUCUGGGGCACGCGAAUGGUGGACUGAGCGCCUUCAGCUGGACCGUGAUCUGGAGGCGGUGUGUGGCGACCUGGAGGCCGAGGUCUUGGGGAUUUGGCAUGUCCUGCUCUUGCCCCCGCCGGUCCUCGCGACCCCCGGGGAAAGGGGGCUUCAAAACACCGAGCCGGCCGCCAUCGUGGCCGAGGUCCAGCAUCGCCUCCAGCUGGUUCUGGGCCGCUUCAUUCGGGACCUCUGCCGGCUGGAGGAGCACGGCGACUCAGCCACAUGCAUGGCGCGUUUGCUUCCGGACCACAUUGCCCGGCAGCUUCUGCUGGUUGGUCCCCGGCCAUCGGCCAGCCUCCUCCGUCAGCUACUCGAAGAUCUUGUUCACUCGCCAGCCGUGGCCGGGGACUGGGCAUGGCGGUCACCAGCUGCCCGAGAGGCCGCCCGGAUGGCAGUGACCGCUCCGUUGGUGGCAGCGCUGGCGCAUUCCUGGCGUCUGGCUUUUCUAUUGGCAACGCCUGUGACAAGAGCCGCAGGUGACGCCGACACAUUGUCCUCCGAAGAGGCGGCCCUUUUCGUCCCAUGCCCCGGUCAGCCCCACCACCUUGCCCUGUGCUUGGAGCCCAAAAUGUCGCAUCUCCCCUGGGAGUCGAUGCCCUGCCUGCGGGAGCGCUCUGUGACGCGGCUACUUUCGGGAGCUUUCCUCAGCCAGCAUGUGGCCCUCAUGACUGCGCCAGGAGCCGGCUGGAGUGGGCGCCUUGAGGGUGCACUUGCUGCUCCCCCAGCUCGCUUGCCGGUGGAUGAUCCUUUCUUCCUCUUGAAUCCAUCGGGUGAUCUGGCCGAUACGGAGCGCCGACUGGGGCGUCUCAUGGUGUCCCCUUGGCACGGCAAGGCCGGGCCGGUUACCCGGGCCGAGGUCGCCCAGCACCUUGGCCGCCGUGGUGCCCAGCGCAUGCCGGACAUUGUGCUCUACUGCGGCCACGGCACCGGGAGGCGGUACCUCCCAGCUCACAUGCCCUCAGUUAUGCUGCUGAUGGGCUGUUCAAGCGUGGCCGAUCCCCAUGCGGUCAUCUCACAAUUACUCGGCGGGAGCCCGACGGUCGUGGGGAAUCUCUGGGCUGUGUCCGAUCGUGAUGCAGACCUCCUCACAGCGCGCAUGCUCCAGCUUCUCGGACUUCCGCUGUUGGAGGAGGAUCCGGCGGGCAUUGGGCCAGAGGCAGGCGGCGAUGCCAGUCAUACCAGCGGGGGGGAGACGAUCCCGCUGGCGGUGGCCCGUGCCAGGCGACGUUGUCGCCUGCGCUUUCUCAAUGGCGCUGCGGCCGUGGUGUACGGGCUCCCAGUGAGUCUAGUCAUGGGUGCCAGUAAUGGACAGCCCCCUGUGGCGAGCACAUAGACAUCCAUAUGUACCAGGGCCCCUCCCCCCCAAAACACUUGAUAUCCUUUUCG